UUUGCCCUGCUCGCUGGCUGCACUCAUUUGCUGCAUCUCUCUGGGACAACGCACCAGCCCUCCAAGAUGUGGGCAAAGACAAUUACAGGAAAUUUUGCCAAUGUCAUUCAUGGUUUGAAUGCAAACCACUUGACAGACCAAGUCAUUCAGAGAAGCAAGCGAAUGAUUCUGGAUACUCUUGGAGUGGGCCUCCUGGGUACCAGCACUGAGGUCUGCCACAAAGUGAUACAGUACAGCAAGAUCUACAGCUCAGAUAUAUCUAGUACCAUCUGGGGCCACCUGGAUUUCCGACUGCCUCCUCUGUAUGCAGCUUUUGUGAAUGGAGUGGCUGUGCACUCAAUGGAUUUUGAUGACACGUGGCACCCAGCCACACACCCAUCCGGGGCUGUGCUCCCUGCUGUGAUGGCACUCUCGGAGGCCUUUCCUCAGAAGAAAAAAAUCUCAGGUCUCGAUCUGCUCUUAGCUUUCAAUGUGGGAAUCGAAGUGCAAGGCAGGCUACUGCGCUUCUCCAGUGAAGCCAGGAAUAUCCCGAAGAGGUUUCACCCACCAACUGUGGUUGGUACAAUGGGGAGUGCAGCAGCUUGUGCUAAACUGCUAGCUCUUGACCAGCUGGAAUGUAAAAACGCCUUGGCAAUUGCUGCCUCCUACGCAGGUGCCCCACUGGCUAAUGCAGCCACCCAGACGAAGCCUCUCCAUGUUGGCAAUGCUGCCAAGCAUGGACUGGAAGCAGCUUGCUUAGCAUCACUUGGUCUUCAAGGAAACAAACAGAUCUUGGAUAUGGAGUCGGGGAUAGGUGCUUUUUAUACAGAUUACAACCCACAGACUCUGCCAACCUUGCAGUCCUACCCCUGGCUGUUGGACCAGCAAGAUGUGGCCAUCAAACGCUUUCCUGCUCACCUUGGAACGCACUGGGUGGCUGAUGCAGCAUCUUCUGUUAGGAGGAAGCUUGUGGAGAGCAGUGACAACUUGCUCCCCCUUGAUAAAAUUGAGAAAGUAAUUCUCAAAGUCCCAGAGGUCAAAUAUGUUAACAGACCCAGCCCCACCUCAGAGCACGAAGCUCGACACUCCUUCCAGUUUGUUGCAUGCUCUGCUUUGCUGGAUGGGAGCUUGUCAGUCCAGUCCUUUGCCAGCGAGAGCAUUGACCGGCCAGCCUUGCGGGAGCUCCUCUGCAAAACACAGCUGGAGCACCCUCCUGAUAACACACCCAGCUUUGAGAGUCUUUACUGCGAAGUGAGCGUCACGCUUCGGGAUGGCAACACCAUCAGCGCCCGCUGCAAUACGUUCUACGGACACUGGAGGAAACCUCUGAGAAAGGAGGACUUGGAGAAAAAGUUUCAAUCCAAUGCCUCCGGCAUCCUGCCUGCAGAAGCCACAGAAGGCAUUAUAGAGACUGUGUACAAUCUAGAAAAAGUAGAGGACUGUUCUGUAUUAAGUACCUUUUUAUCAGGACAGUCAGCUAGAGUGCUUUCGGAGAAGCUGCGCUUCCUUUGAAUGUUCCAGCCGAGAGCUAGGUGCUGCUCACAAAGCAAACAAAAUUCAGGACAAACUCCUAUUUAGUGACUCAAGCACUUUUAACUAGGACUCCUGUAACAGAAGAGCCACGCUUGGUCCAACAUUGUGGGUUUUGACUAAGUAAAUAAUUUAGCAAUUACCUGCGCAGCUCAGUCAGGCUGAACAGAAGAUGCUCUGCUGGCUCUGUCAGCUUCAAUUAUCUUUAUACCUCUAGAGGCAAAGCACUGCUUGUGUGCGACACAAAAAUUUCCCUCCCUUUCUGCCAGAAGUGUCUGUAUGUUCUGCUUCUGCUAAAUAACUCCACAACAGAAAUCCAGAGUCUGGAGGAGUAUGGAAAUGCUCAUCACUGUGAGAAGAACAGGGAAUAAAAAGCCUUUGUAUAUUUAUUUCUGUAGUUUUAGCUCUAAAGCCUCCUUGAAGAGGCCACCUGUUACGUCCAUGCUUUGACGCUCAUGCUAAAAUAAACACGGCGCACGUAGAGCAGAGCACUUGAUACUCUGCAGCACAUCCGGCUUGGCUUAACGGUUGGUCUUCCGUUGACGAAGUAAAGGUUAGUGCCCUUCCUGAUCACUCCAGCUACUGAGCAAGAGGGACAACUCAACACUCCUCAUGAUAAAAGCGUUAUUUCCUAGUUCCAUCUUGUGGCUGCUCUGUGGUACAGGUUUGUUCCUGCUGUAUUCCCGCUCCAGCUACAAGGCGCUCACUCAUCAAGACAUGAUUAGUGCUAAUUAACGAUGACAUGUUUAGAUUACUUCAGGCACUGCAAAGCACAGACUACAGUAUGCUCGUUAUGACUGGGGGAGACCUGUGAGCAUCAGAACACUUCUUAUGCUGAGACAACUGAGUGUCCACAGUGACAAUCAACUUAUCUUGAUAACAAAUUCUAGGAAUUUUUAAUUCCUUCAGGAGUACAAAGCCUUGCCAGGUUGUGCUUCUACAAGAGGCUGAUGCCCUUCGUUCACAUUUUUAAGACCAAAGCAUAUAUUCUAACAGAUAAAAAAUGUACCUAAACUAUGUAUGCCAAAAGAAAAAAAAAAAACAACAAAAAACACAAAAUAAAGCUAAUUCAUUUUACUAACUAAACCUCGAAUUAUUUCAUUUAUUAGAGCAAAACUUGUGUUUUUUCUACGUACAACGUAUUCAUUUUUACUUAAGCCUCUGACUCUUAGUUCACAAAGUCAGUUUAUCUAGGGGGCUCUGCAAAUUUUAAGAAGUCCAUUAGUUAUACUUGCUUAAAGACUUGCAAGGGAAGAAAAAAAAAAACCCAAAUAACCACAUUCUUUUCUCUUUCCCUUCCAAUUAGAAAGUAGAAUUGAAAUACUCAACUAUUCU